CUUGUGGGUCGGCCAGUCAGUCCGCCGCGUGGAGCCGAGAGAUGCAGUCGCAGCAGUAGGGCGGAGCGGAGAGUGAGAGUGCCGUGCGUGUGUGCGAGAGUGACUCCGAGCGUGCUGAGAGUGCUGCUGCUGCCGCGCGACCGCGAGUUGUUUUUUUUUUACUCUCUUUCCUGUCGGUGCGGAGAGACGCUCUAGCCACGAUGCGCGUCGUGGCCCUAGCGCUCCUGUGCGUGGUGGUCGCGGCGGCGGCGGCUGAGCGCGCCUCGUCGACCGCGUCGUCCACGGGGACCAAGAGCCCCACCAAGAUCAAGAAGCGGAAAGACAGCAGCGACCAGUCGACGCAGGCGGCCUCGUGGUGGCAGAGCCCCGCCGACCUGGGCGCCGACAAUCCCAACGUGUUCAGCUCGACGCACGGGCUGGUGCAGACGCACCCGCUGCUGGGCUCUGGGCCCGCCCUGGGCCCAGGGCCGUCGCCCUCGCCGCUGCCGGGGCUCGACCCGCUCGCCUCGCUGAACGUGGUGCGCAAGGCGGGGCCGCAGCCCGCGCUGCCCGGGGCGCCGCCCGCGCCGCCGCAGCCGCCGCGCAAGAUCGACGCCCCCAAGAAGGGCCUGAUAGAGCUGGAGCGCAACCCCAGCCUGUCGUCGCCCGAGGAGUGCGCCCGCGCCUGCAGGGAGGGCGAGCCGCCCCGCACCUGCUACUACCACUUCACCGUCGAGCUGUACACCGUCCUCGGGGCCGCCUGCCAGGUCUGCGUGCCCAACGCCACCAACACCGUGUGGUCCCACUGCCAGUGCGUCCUCGCCGACGGUGUGGAGCGAGGCAUUCUCUCUGUCAACCGUAUGUUGCCCGGGCCUAGCAUCCAGGUCUGCCAAGGAGACAAGAUCGUGGUGGACGUGGAGAACCACAUGGAGGGCAUGGAGCUGACCAUCCACUGGCACGGCAUCUGGCAGCGCGGCACCCAGUACUCGGACGGGGUGCCCUUCGUGACGCAGUGCCCCAUCCAACAAGGAAACACGUUUAGGUACCAGAUGGAGGCCGGCAACGAGGGGACGCACUUCUGGCACGCUCACUCAGGUCUGCAAAAGAUGGACGGUAUCUACGGCAGCAUAGUGGUGCGGCAGCCGCCCUCGCAGGACCCCAACAGCCACCUGUACGACUUCGACCUGACCACGCACGUGAUCCUGCUGUCGGACUGGAUGCACGAGGACGCCCUGGAGCGCUUCCCCGGCCGGCUGGCCGCCAACACGGGUCAGACCCCCGACACGCUGCUCAUCAACGGAAAGGGACAGUUCCAGGACGCCAAGACGGGCUUCAGGACCAACACCCCGCUGGAGAUCUUCACGAUGACGCCCGGCCGCCGCUACCGGUUCCGCAUGAUCAACUCGCUGGCCUCCGUGUGCCCCGUGCAGCUCACCGUGCAGGGCCACGCCCUCACCGUCAUCGCCACGGACGGCGAGCCCGUGCACCCCAUGCCCGUCGACACGGUCAUCUCCUUCUCCGGAGAGCGGUACGACUUCGUGAUCACGGCGGACCAGCCCGUGGGCGCGUACUGGAUGCAGGUGCGCGGUCUGGGCGAGUGCGGCGAGGCGCGCGCCCAGCAGCUGGCCAUCGUCCGCUACGCCCGCGGCCCCUACCAGCCCCGCACCACCGCGCCCACGUACGACGUCGGCCUGCCGCAGGGCAUCGUGCUGAACCCCCUGGACGCCAUCUGCAACUCUGACAGGACGGACGCCGUGUGCGUGAACCAGCUCAAGAACGCCAAGACGGUGGACGAGGGCAUCCUCCAGGAGCGGCCCGACGUCAAGAUCUUCCUGCCGUUCCGGUUCCUCUUCUACACGCCCGAGGAGGUGUUCGAGCCCCACACGUACAACAGGUUCCUCGUGGCCCCCAGCGGCGAUCACGUCAUCAGUUUGGUGGAUGAGAUCUCGUACCAGUCGCCGCCCGCGCCGCCCCUCUCGCAGAUCGAGGACAUCAGCCCGGACCAGUUCUGCAACGGCGACAACAAGCCGGCGGACUGCGGCACCAACUGCAUGUGCACGCACAAGGUCGACAUUCCGCUCAACGCCGUGGUCGAGGUGGUCCUCGUCGACGAGGUCCAACAACCCAACCUCAGUCACCCCUUCCAUCUGCACGGCUACGCCUUCAACGUCAUCGGUAUGGGCAGAAGUCCCGACAAGAACGUCAAGAAGAUCAACUUGAAGCACGCGCUUGACCUGGACCGACGCGGUCUGCUGCACCGUCAGUUCAACCUGCCGCCCUCCAAGGACACCAUCGCCGUGCCCAACAACGGAUACGUCGUCUUCCGAUUCCGGGCCGACAACCCAGGCUACUGGCUGUUCCACUGCCACUUCCUGUUCCACAUCGUGAUCGGCAUGAACCUGGUGGUGCACGUCGGCACCCACGCCGACCUGCCGCCCGUGCCUCCCAACUUCCCGCGCUGCGGCAACUUCCUCCCGCCCAUCGAGUACAACUAGACGGAGAGAGGACGUCC